CAAACAGACGCAUUCCGGUGUUGCUUCCGUCCUACUACCACUAUGGAUUUCGUCCAAGGCCUUGAUCCAUCAAAACUUCUCCUUGGCGGGGCGGUCUUGUCUUUUACCGUAUCUGCGUUUUCAGCACCAUUCUAUAAUUUCCCUCUCUUCCUCUAUGGGCUAUAUGGACAAGAGAACACCGAAUCUGUUUCAGCUCUACAGAACUUCACAGGCUUCUUGGCUGGCUCGAUGCUCUGGGAUAUCGUAUGGAUGGCUAAUCAUGGACAAAAUGGGUUCAUCAAGUUCUUGAGCAUUCUUCUCCUCAUUCUAAAGAUUCCGACCCUUGCUGCCUGUGGACUUGCAGUUCGCCAGCGAGGAGCGACAUUUGGAGGACUAGGUCUGCGUGGGAAUGAUUUGAGCGGCCCUACUGUUUGGUCUAUGCCUGGAGGCUUCACUUCAACAGGAAGAGACGGGUAUCAGAAUUUAGACGAGGAAGCCGCAAUUCCAGCCGCGCCACGAGGACCAGCUGCCGUACCGCAUCGUCCAUCCAAUCCAGCGUCGCCGCCACCGCCUGCACCGGGCCCGUACCAAACAGCAUGAUGGAUAACCAUGUUUUGCGUCUUCUCUAUUUAAUGAGGCUCGCGGACA